CCUCACCAAUUCUACCUGUGCCACAGGAACAACAGCGAAAAGCAUACCGGCCGGUACCACUCUUGUAAACGCGCAAUGUCUUCGAUAGGGCCGUCCCCCUCGCCACACCAUGCGAAACGAGGCCGCGAUGCCGACAACGACCGCUCUCCUAGUCCACAGUCCAGCGAAAAGCGCCGCAGGAUUCUAGGCCCAGCACCACCACCAGCCUCCGACUCUGCACCUAACCAGUCGCCCACGCGUGUUCUUGGCCCUUCAUUACCUCCCACAUCACCAUCACGCUCCAGCAGUCCGGAGAAUGCUGUCGAACCCGCACUGCCUGGACCUGUGAAGAUCCCUCGGGUCAUUGGGCCAUCUGCGCCUCCCGCUCCUCUUUCCGAGAUACCACACAGCCCGCCUUCAGACGAUUCAGACAGUAGCGACGAUGAGUUUGGUCCGGCGGCCCCGCCUUUAGGAACUGACUAUGCGGGUCACGAGGAGAGAUAUGCGUCGGCUCAGCCCUCUGUGUUUGACACAGAUCCACAGUAUGCAGAACACGCAAAGAAGACUCAACGUGAUGAGUGGAUGACGAUGCCCCCAACCCAAGAUGAUCUUGCGGCACGAAUGGACCCCACUAAGCUACGCGCUCGGAAAUUUAACACAGGAAAGGGUGCACGUGGAGCCGGCUCAAGUGGGAAUGGCAUGGGUGUCUGGACAGAGACACCUGAUGAGAAGUUGAAAAGGCUUCAAAAUGAGGCUCUCGGGGUGUCUGCCCCAGCAAAUAUGGAUGGUACCAGUAAAUACCCUAGAAAAAGUAAGGAAGAGGAAGAUAAGGCGAGGCGCAUUAGAGAAAAACUUGAUGCGGCGAGGGGAAAGAGCCUUAUGGAGCAGCAUAAGGAGGGCGGAGGAGGCAAAGAUAAGGAGGACGACCCUAGUAAAAGGGGAUUCGACUGGGAGAAGGAUAUGGGCACGGGCAUGAGGAUCGGAGACAAGCAGCGUAACGAGAUGCUUAAAAGGGCGAAGGGAUUCGGGGACCGGUUCUCGAGUGGGAGCUUCCUCUAAUCACGCUACGAUCAUCUCCAUUAUACCGCUCGAGGCCUCACGAUAUUCAUCUUCGGUCGUCCUGCAUGUUCAAGUUGUUGAUCAUAGAUUGCGU